AUGAUCCUUCUCCUGGACGACUGUGCUCGUCUCUUGCAAGAGCAGGCCCGUUCUAUCUUUCAGGCUCACCGGUGGAGCGACUACUAUGGAGACUGUAGCGCGCCACACCCACCUACUCCGGAGUACAGACGUCCUACUACAGUAGUUUCGCAAUUGAUCCCAGGCGCAGCAUGCACGUCACAGAGCAAUGCCACCUGGGCAAGGGUCAGACAGAAUAAUUUCCGGAGACCUGUUAGGCAUUUGGAUGUGGACGUAGCGGAGAUAGUAGCAAUGUUUCACCGCACCUUGAGGCCCGGUGUGGGUGUUAAUGCCCAGGUUGUCGAAGUAUGA